AUGACUGUCGGCACGACGGUGGUCGGCGAGAGCGCUCCCUUUGCACUGAAGUUCUCAAAUCUGAGUGUGGUGGGGGAAGUCGGAGUGAGCACGCUGAUCGAGCAGGCAACCGUGUGGUCAUCAGCGUCUCACUCACUCUUUCCGCAACACGUUCGGUGGUGGGCGGAGCAAGCGAUGCAGAUCGGCUAUCUGAUCGCUGGGGACGAGGAGCGCUUCAGCGACGGGACGGCUGCCACGGGACUCGUGGAUUGCUGGCGCAGUCUCGUCUUGCCGCUGGUGGUGACGAGGGAGCACCGCGUUUCUGAUGCUCCUCAUGUUACCGGGUAA